AUGAGCGACGAGAAACAGCACGUAGACGGCGCACAAGUCGCAGAGCACAACAGUCGCGACAAGGGCGUGUGGAUUGUGGUACAUGGGAAGGUGUACGAUGUGACAGACUUUCUAGAUGAGCACCCAGGCGGGGCAGAGAUCAUUUUGAAAUAUGCCGGCAAAGAUGCCACUGAAGAAUACGAACCCAUCCACCCACCCGAUGCGAUCAUCGAAAACCUCGACCCCUCCAAACACCUUGGCCCGCUCAAGGCCGACACGCUCCCCACCGAAGAGCCUGCACCUGCACCGGCCUCUGCGCCGGCGCCCGCUUCCGUCCCUUACAAGAAACCGGCGUUGGUGGAGAUUCUGAGUCUGCAUGAUUUCGAGGCGGUUGCGAGGAGAGUCAUGAGUCGAAGGGGUUGGAACUAUUACAGCUCCGGGGCGGAUGAUGAAGUCACGAUGAGGGAGAACCAUAACGCAUAUCAACGGAUCUGGUUCCGUCCCCGUAUUUUGCGCAAUGUGGGCAAAGUCGACUACUCUACUACCAUCCUGGGGCACAAGACGUCUAUGCCGGUUUACAUUACUGCCACAGCUCUAGGCAAAUUGGGUCAUCCGGAGGGAGAACUGUGUCUGACGAGAGCUGCUGGGACGCAGGAUAUCAUCCAAAUGAUCCCUACGCUGGCUUCUUGUGGGUUUGACGAAAUGGUCGACGCUGCUAUCCCUGGCCAAGUGCAAUUCCUACAACUGUAUGUCAAUUCGGAUAGGGAGAGGACCAAGAAGAUUAUCAGACAUGCUGCCGAGAGGGGUGUCAAGGCGCUGUUCAUCACGGUAGACGCGCCGCAACUGGGUCGUCGCGAAAAGGACAUGCGCACGAAGUUUGAAGGUGUUGCGUCGGCGCAACAAGACAAAGGCAAAGACAAGUUCCAACGCGACCAAGGCGCCGCGCGCGCCAUCUCGUCAUUUAUCGACCCUUCCCUCAAUUGGUCUCACCUGCAAGAGCUUAUGGACGCAGCGCAAGGCAUGAAGGUAGUCCUGAAGGGUGUACAGUGCUGGGAAGAUGCGGUGAUGGCUGCAGAAGCUGGUGCGGAUGGGGUGGUGUUGAGUAACCAUGGCGGACGGCAGUUGGACUUUGCACCGUCGCCCCUUGCGCUGCUGCCCUCUGUGGUACAAGCGCUCACUGCGAGGGGGUUCAUGGGCAAUCCAAACAGACCCAAGUUUGAGGUGUUUGUGGAUGGAGGGGUGAGGAGGGCGACGGAUGUGCUCAAGGCGAUUGCGCUGGGGGCGACGGGCGUGGGUAUUGGGCGACCGAUGAUCUAUGCCAUGUCGACGUAUGGAGAAGACGGCGUGGCGCAUGCUUUGCAGAUCCUCAAGGACGAGUUUGAGAUGAAUAUGCGGCUGCUGGGGGCGCCUACGAUGGCAGAUGUGGUACCGCAGAUGGUGGACACUUCGGCGUUGUUUGGGACGAGUGCAUCUGUCACCAUGUACGAAGACAACUACGAGCGGAUGCUUCCCGUCGGCGUCAAAGCAAAAUUGUAG